AUGAGGACUCUUAAGCUUCAGUUCGACUACGUUCUGGCGAGGAACAUUCCUCAGUCAGAUAUCCGAAAAUCUAGAGCUGUUUGGGACGUCGCGUUCGACUCUCACCACCGUCCAGUUCUUCUCAGCUUCAAGAUACGGUUCCACAAGAGAAACCGAGGAGUUCCUCUUCAACCGAAAAUCGACAUGGCAGGUCUGAAAGACGAUGAAUGCAGAAGAAAAUUCCGCCAACAUGUGUCCAUGUUGAAGUACGGACCAGGAAGAAGCUUAGCGAUGCGGAUUCCUUCACAAAGUACAUCCAGGACGCUGCAAGGGAAACGCUCCCGGUUCUAUUGCCGCGGAAGAAGUUUGCCUUUGCAUCUGCGGAAACAAAAUCCACAUACAAUUGUGCAUAUGUCGCUCCCAGCACUGGUGACAUCAAUCAGGAAAAGCGUCUUAGAAGGAAACUGCGCCAUCAGCUGCAACAAGACCGCGAUAACGAGUGGGCGUCUAGAGCGAUGGAGUUUGAGAAGGCGUGGGAGGACAGGAACCCGCGGAAAGCCUACGCUCUACUAA